UGGCUUUAAAAAGUGAAACAGCUCUUUGAAGAGAAGAGGGGGAAGGGGCCGUUCUGUACCUUCACCCUCCUGUCUGGACUAUGAGGAGUAUAAAAUGUGCAGACUCCAACUUGAAUACCAGACAACGCAAAACUUCAGUCAGAGGAUCAGCUGAGGACCUGACGAGACGAAGGGCAUGAACGACAUCAAGCUGGCCCUUUUGGGAAGCCAGGGGGCUGGGAAAUCCGCUGUCCUUGUGCGGUUCUUGACCAGACGGUUUAUUGGGGAAUACGCCUCGAAUGCAAACUCCUUGUACCAUAAGAGGCUAUCAAUCGACGGUCGGCAGUUGAAUCUGGAAGUGUUCGACCCCUGCUCUCAGGGCUCUGAGGCCAGGUGUAUACUGGAGGAGCCAGUAGAGUGGGCAGACGGCUUCGUGGUAGUUUACAACAUCAGCGACCGCACUUCCUUCAUCAACGCCAAAAGCAUCCUGCGGCAGAUCCGGGAGACUCGCUCAGACAACAGCAAAGGGGACACGGACGUUCCCGUAUGUCUGGUGGGUAACAAGCAGGACCUUUGCCAUGCACGCCAGGUACGAGAGGAGGAAGCCCGCAGCCUGGCGCAUGAGAACCGCUGUAACUUCCAGGAGGUGUCAGCGGCCGAGAGCUACCAGGACAUCGCCAACCUCUUCACCCAGCUCAUCCGGCAGGUGAUGGAGCACCUCAAGUACCGAGCCGACCGGCGGCGCUACAGCGGCUCCAAGUCCAUGGCCAAACUCAUCAACAAUGUCUUUGGCAAGAGGAGAAAAUCAGUGUGACGUGAAGACAAGCUGGGUGAACCUUGGGGGGGUUGCUGAUUUUGCAAAACCGAGCCGAAGUCAAGCAGCAAAGCUCUUUGUUCAUUCAGCACCUUGGAAGUCAAACGUUUUCACGUUUCCACCUGACAAUUGUGGAUUGGGACUUUGUUUACCGUAGAUUUCAUCUGAUAGAGCAACACAAACCAGUGCAUCACUGUAAAGUGGGAGGAAAAUACAACAUGGUUUUAAAAUCAUUUUUCAUGCAUAAAAUCUCAAAUGUUCACCCUUGCUGAGUAGAUAGUUUGUAGAACCACAUUUCUUUAUCUCCUCUAUCUUUGCACGUCUAUAGACUGAUGUGUGAAGAAUAAC